AUGGCAGAGAAUAAAAAAGCCUAUCUAUACAAAACAAUAUCUGCAUUAACAGAAACAAAAGAUGCUAUUCUUUGGAAGAAUAGGGACCUAGUAAAAGACUUAGAAGAAGAAUAUGGAUAUGCAACUAACCAAGCACUAACCUUGGACAGAAAAGACUUUGAAGCAAUGGAGGAGUAUGAACAACGAAUCCUAAUAGAAAGAUUCGCUAGACAAAUAGAAUUAUGUGAAAGCGAACCACUACGAGAACAAUUCCAAGCAAAAUAUAGAGAAUUGUUAGGAGUGUUAUUAGAAAACUUAGACAAAAUACAUGAUGAUGAAGACAAAGAAGAGCAAAUAUUCUAA